AUGUUAUCAUUUGAAGACAAUUUCCGGAAAAAACUUAAAAAUUGCUCUUCCAAGAUAUUCAAAGAAACUGCUCCCACUGGUUCACAACUUGGACGUUUAUACGGAGUCCCAAAAGUGCACAAAACUGGUGGCCCUCCAAGACCGAUUCUCAGCUCCAUCAAUACUCCAAACUAUCUGUUAGCUAAAUAUCUUGUCCCACACCUUCAAAUACUGACUGAAAACGAAUUCACAGUAAAAGAUACAUUUUCAUUUGCGAAGGAAAUUACCAACCAAGACAGACACAAAGAUGGAAUUAUGGUCAGUUUCGACGUUGAAAGUCUGUUUACAAACGUUCCCUUAGAUGAAACCAUCAACAUAAUAAUAAAUUCACUUUUUCCAAGUUCCAAUUCAAGCUUUUUAGGAAUGAAACAGUCAAAAUUUAAAGAUCUACUGACAUUAGCUGCCAAAGAAUGUCUAUUCAGUUUUGACGGAAAAGUGUAUAGACAAAUAGAUGGCGUUGCAACGGGCUCUCCUUUAGGACCAGUUUUCGCGAACACUUUUCUAUGUCACCAUGAGAAAACAUGGUUAGCUGACUGUCCAAUUGAUUUUAAGCCACUUCUUUAUAGACGAUACGUGGAUGAUAUUUUUCUCAUCUUCAAACAUACCGAUCGCAUUCAACAUUUUUUAGAUUAUAUCAACCAGAAACACCACAAUAUGAAAUUUACUAGUGAAAUUGAAGUCAAUGGAAAUCUGCCCUUCUUAGGAAUUAACAUCUUCAGAUCACCUUCAGGUAUGAAAAUGAACAAACUUAACAAAGAUGCUCUGCAUUUGACAAAACCUUGUCCUAAUCCAACUGAAUCUCUCGUACCUGCCACCUUUAACGAUAUUUCAGAGCCUUGGUUUACAUUUGUUACCGCUAAAAAGUUUAAUGGCAAAUGUCGCAUGUGUGGAAUUUUAUCGAUCUUCUUUGGCGUUGAUAUCUACUAA